CUCGAUACACGCUCUGAACCUAACAUCAUCACUAACGUUACAAUCAUGGGCACGUCUGUCGCGACCAAGGGUUUUGCUCUGCUUUGUGCUUUUCUUCUCUGUUGGACUUCGCCCUCACUUCAGAAAGAUAAACACUCCAUAUACUACAUAUACACGGCCUUGUCCAUGCCUGUCCAUCACCCGGGCAUCUAUCAGUUCAUUGCUAUGGGUCUGCUGGAUGACAGACAGAUUGACUAUUACAAUAGCCAGGAACAGAGAAAGAUUCCCAAACAGACCUGGAUGAAAGAGAAAAUGCAGGAAGAUUACUGGGAAAAAGGCACCCAGUCAAGAAAGAGCAAAGAACAGUGGUUUAAUGUGAACGUCGACAUUCUGAUGAAACGCAUGAGACACAAUGAAUCAGAUGUUCAUGUUCUUCAGUGGAGACAUGGUUGUGAAAUUGAGAAACAGGGAGAUAAAGUGAACUUUUCCAAAGGCAUUGAUGAGUACAGCUACGAUGGAGAUAACUUCCUGUCUUUUGAUGAUAAGGAGUCUCAGUGGGUCGCUCCUGUUGAUGCAGCUCUUCCAACCAAGAGGAAAUGGGAUAAUGUGCCUAUCCUAAACCAGUACACCAAGGGCUACCUGGAGAAAGAGUGUGUGGACUGGCUUAACAAAUUCAGAGAAUACGGAGAUGCGGAGUUCAGAAAGGGCUCUCCUCCUAAAGUUUACUUGUUUGCUAAAAAGUCUAUCAAGGAAAAAUCCAAGCUGAAACUCACCUGUCUGGCCACUGGCUUCUACCCCAAAGAUGUGACGUUGACCAUAAGGAAAUAUCGCACACCCCUGCCUGAAAAUGAGAUAGAAUCCACAGGAAUCAGACCAAACCAUGAUGAAACCUUCCAGCUGGGGAAAAGUGUGAUUAUCCAGGAGAAUGAAAAAGCAGAAUAUGAUUGUUCUGUUUCUCACAGAACCCUCCCAGAAACAAUUAUUGUCAGAUGGGAUGGGAAAUGCAUAGACUGCAACAAAGGCUCUACCCCGACUAUUCAGGUUGGAGUUGUGAUUGGAGUUUUGAUUGCAAUACUUCUUGUUGCAGCACUCCUCUACCUUUAUAAGACUAAAAGACUCGUUAUCCCACGGCGUAACACCAAUGGAGCAGCACAAAGGGAUGAUGUAGCUCAAAAUCUUCUCUCAGGGGAUAAUUACAGCAAUGGGCAUGCACAAACAGCAGCCAAUGGGCAUGCACAAACAGCAGCCAAUGGACAUGCACAAACAGCAGCUAAUGGACAUGCACAAACAGCAGCCAAUGGAGGAAACAGUGGAAUGGAAGCCAACGUCUAACUGUAAAAUAGCGAAACAGGAAAGGUAGCGACUGAAGAUGGAGAUGGCCUUUCUGAUUUUUAGUACUUUCAUCACAUCUACCAUGUGCUUUGCUUUCCUGAAUUAUUAAAGUGUGUAAGAUCUGGACAGAGUCAGACAUAGGUAACUUAAAA